CUGUGCUGCGCCUGCUGCCGCCUGUGCCGCUGUGCUGUGCGCCUCCGGCUGUGCGAGUGCGAGUUUCUUCAGCUUCUUGCCUUCUUGGCUUCUUGGACUCUUGCCUCUUGGUAACUUAGGUUAUGUAAUUUUAGCCGAUGGCAGCAAGUACAGAUAUGCUAUCUUCAAAGAUCUUGGAGAACAUGUUCAUGCCCAUGUUGCAGAAUUGCAAUCACAUGAGAAAACUGAAGAAAAUUCAUGCCCAAAUUGUGAAAUUUUCAUUAUCGGAGAGCAGUUACUUGGUCACAAAAAUGGUGAACAUAUGUGAUCAAUAUGAAGAAGUAGACUAUGCAAGAUUGUUAWUUAAAGAGGUGUCUCAGCCAAAUAUUUACUUAUAUAAUGCGAUAAUCAGGGCUCAUACACAUUGCCAGUUGCAUCGGUUCACCAUAAAUAUAUACAAGCAAAUGCUUAAAGAACCAAUUUUUCCAGACAAUUUCACAUACCCAUUUGUUAUAAGAUCGUGUGGAGGGAUUUCCAGUCUUGAUGUGGCCAAGCAGGUUCAUGGACAUGCCUUGAAAGCUGGAGUUCAAUCAAAUGUCGUUAUUGAGAAUUCACUUUUGGAUAUGUAUAUAAAAUGUGAUGCUAUUUCUCAUGGAUAUAAGGUGUUUGAUGAAAUGACUGACAGAGAUGUGAUAUCUUGGAACAGUCUCAUUUAUGGGYAUAUAAAACUGGGACAGAUGAAAAGGGCAAGAGAGCUCUUUGAAGGGAUGCCAGAGAAGUCGAUCGUUUCAUGGACCGCAAUGAUUUCUGGGUACACGCUAAUCRGGAGUCAUGCAGAUGCGUUACACAUUUUYCGAAUGAUGCAACUGGCUGGUGUUAAACCCGAUUGGAUCAGCUUACUCUCGGUGUUGCCGGCUUGUACACAGCUGGGAGCUCUUGAGCUAGGGAAAUGGAUCCAUUUUUACGCAGAGAAAAAUGGGUUCUUGGAAAAGACAAGUGUAUGCAAUGCUUUGAUCGAAAUGUAUGCUAAGGGUGGAAACAUCGACCAAGCAUGGCAAGUGUUCGACAAUAUGCUUGAAAGAGACGUGAUUUCUUGGAGUACAAUGGUUGGAGGACUAGCCAACCAUGGAAAAGCUCCUGAAGCAAUACGAUUGUUUCAAGAUAUGCAGAAGACAUCCAUCAAACCGAAUGAGAUCACGUUUGUAGGUCUUUUAUCAGCUUGUGCUCAUGCUGGAUUCUUAGAARAUGGACUCAAAUACUUYGAUUCCAUGAGAUACGAUUAUAAUCUGGAGCCAGGAAUUGAGCAUUACGGAUGCUUGGUUGAUCUUCUUGGAAGAACUGGUUGUCUUGAUAGAGCUCUUGAGUUGAUAAAAACUAUGCCCAUGAAACCAGAUUCCGCGAUUUGGGGUUCAUUGUUAAGCUCGUGUAGAACUAAGGGCAAUCUUGCAAUGGCGGUCAUUGCAAUGGAGCAUCUUUUAGAACUCGAACCAGAAGAUACCGGAAACUAUGUGUUGCUCUCAAACAUAUACGCAGAUCUUGGAAGAUGGGAUGGUGUUUCGAGGAUGAGGAAAUUCAUAAGAGGUAAGAUAAUGAGCAAGACACCAGGGUGCAGCGCCAUAGAGAUCGACAAUGCCGUUGAAGAGUUUGUGUCGAGUGAUGACUCGAAGCCAUUUUCUAGAGAAAUUUACCGUAUGCUCGAGUUAGUAGCUCUGCAUCACAUAAUAUCAAGUGAUUUCUUUGAAAUCACUAUGGAAGAGACGUAGUUAUCAACACUAUUUUCAAAGAGGUUGCAUCACAGAUUAUCAAGAUAC